AUGCUCAACCAUCCAAGCGUGUACAAAAAGGGCAUCAAUAUUGCACUGACAAACGGGGCGGCUGCUAACGCCGCCAGCCAAGGAAACGAGCCUGGCAAAGGCAAAGGUGGCCGGGAAGGCGGCAGCUCGAGGCCUAAGAAGCGCCGUGGGCAAGGAGAUAAGAAGAUCGAUAAUUCAAAGGGGCGAGAAACUGAGGCACCCAGACCACCACGCCAGCGGCAACAGAAUGAUGGAGGAAAGCUCAUCCUCCGUCGACUCCCGCCAGGAAUGACUGAAGCUGAAUGUGUGGCCAUUCUAGGCGAGACAUGGGCCGUUGGCAGAGGCAAAGUCGAUUGGUUCUCCUUCAUUGCGGGCAAGAUCUCCACCGAUCCAUCCAAGCCAUCACGUCCUGCAAGAGCAUACAUCCAUCUCAUCAAGAAGGAUGACAUGCUAGCCUUGACACUCGUCGGGCCACCGUCUUUAGAGUUGUCGGCUUACAAAAAAGUGCCUAGCAAUAAGAAGCGCACCGACACCCGGCAAGGCACUAUAGAUCAAGACCCCGAAUUCAUGGCAUUUCUCGAGGGACUCGCGAAUCCGGCACCUCUCCGCGACGGUGCUGACAUGGACGAUGGGGAUGACGCUAAUAAGGGCGAAUCCAAAGUCACAACGACGCCGUUGGUUGAGUACUUGAAAGAGAAAAAGGCCAAUAAAUCGAAGGACUCGAGCUCUAGCAAGAAGCGCGGCGAAGGGAAAAACAAGGGCUCCAAGGAGGACGAGCCUUCUAAGAAGAAGGGUCGAGAAUCAAGGGCCGAAAAAGCAGACAAGGCAGAGAAGGGCUCGAAAACGACGGUCAAAAUCCUGACAAAGAAAGCUGCAACCGAACAAGCAGCAGAUGCCGCCAAGAAUGCCGCCAAAGCAAUCAACGCUGCCAUUGCCCAAGACGCGCCGAAGAGCAAGCGUGCCGGAAUCGCUACCGCUGCUCGCAUUCUGCAGCGGGACUUGGGUCUCAGUCCGGGAUCUGCGCAUCGCCGAGCGCGACAGGAUGCAGCCAAGGCUGAGGCGAAAUCCAAAGAGGAAACCCCGAUCGAACAGGCGCAGGAAGCUAGUCAAUCAGCAGAAACUGGUAACAGUCAAGAGGGUAAAGCCAAAACCAAUGGCACAGCGGGAAAACCCCAAAUCGGAAGACGAGGCCGCGAUGCCAGGAACGGAGAGAAACCCGCCUCAGCGACAGAAGCCUCAUCACAACCCACAGCCCCCAAGCCACCUGUAAUUCUCAAGAAGAGACCAGAAGGACAAGCCAUUACGCCGAGCAGCCCAGCUGCUGUCCCGUCAGCAUCAGCCAACCAACAGAUUGCGAACACAAAAGGGGUAGCGGAGAAGAAUCCUAAACUUGCCGCGACUAAUAGCAAGGCAGGUCAAUCUCAAAAGAAGCUGCAAUCAGUUACCGCGGAUGCUACGAAAGCAUUUGUGAAGCAUGCUGUUCACUCUCAAGGGGUUACUGAAGCGGCGCUGAGGCAAGCUCUGGAGCCGCUUGGAACCAUCAUCGCCAUAGAAAUGGACAAGCGCAAAGCAUUCGCCUAUGUUGAUUUUUCUGACCAUGCUGGACUUGUCAAAGCUGUGGCUGCCAGUCCUCUGGCCGUCGCACAGGGGUCGGUACAGAUUCUAGAACGCAAAGACAAGAAGCCGGCAACAGGAAACCCUGGCACAGGAGUGGGUACUACAGCUCCAUCUGCGGCGGCAGACAAGGAUAAGGCGAAAGACGGCGAAAAGGAGAAGGAGAAAGGAGAGACAAGACGCGGUCGUCGCGGUCGAGGUGGCAAGGGGAACAACGGAGGAGGAGCCUCGACUACACCAGCGUCUACUGCUUCUGGUGCCCAAGCCGCCUCCGGUGGCCCUGUACCAGCAUCUUCAGGAUGA